AUGAAGGACUUUGGGACCGCGCCGAAGGGUCGUCCGAUUAACAAAAACGAUGUUACUUCAUGGUUCAAAGAUGGUGUACGUCGAGAUCAACCAAAAAGCCAGGCAAAACGAUUGAAGAACGGUGGUGCUGGUGGCCGAUGUUGUACGCCUAAGGCUCUUUAUUACAUUUUUGCAAGUGUUAUUGCUGCGCUAUUAAUUAUAAUAGGUAUCCUCGUACCAUUACUGUAUGCACUGAAACAAUCAGCCACGAAUUCCAUAGCCAACACUACAGCGAGUACAACGACAGCAUAUCCAACUGGUAACACACCCUGUCUCAGUAUUUCACCAGCAAAUACCACCACAUGGGGUAAUGGUUUUAACAAUACAUAUUUCGGUCAAGAACAUUAUUAUGUUAAUAAAUCAUGCUCUAGUCCGAUACCAACAUUAACCGUAGUACAAGCAUUCUAUGGUUUAAAUAAUGCUUCAAUCUGUUCAUGUAGAACUAUGGAUGUAUCAGUGGCUGUGCGAAAUAAUUGUACAACAUCCAAUUGUAACUUUCAAGUUGAAAACGCUUUAUUAAAUGAUACAUGUGUUGGGCAGUUGAAAGUAUUUUGGAUGUACUAUACAUGUACAUAA